AGUAGACAUUCAGUUGGCAAUCAUAUGCCCCAUGAUUCAUGCAGUGAUUGCUCCCCAUGUGAAACCCCACUACCUGCAGCGAGUCUGGGGGAAAUUGAGGUCAGAAGACCAGGCUACAGGUUUCUGUUGGCCUGUAAUGUCAGAUUUAGGGAGCCCUGUUUAUCUUUUACUAGGCUGAUGAGAUCGAGAAGAUUUUAUGCCACAAGUUCAUGCGCUUCAUGAUGAUGCGAGCAGAGAACUUUUUUAUCCUUCGAAGGAAACCAGUGGAGGGAUAUGACAUCAGUUUUCUGAUCACCAACUUCCACACAGAGCAGAUGUACAAACACAAAUUGGUGGACUUCGUGAUCCACUUCAUGGAGGAGAUUGACAAGGAGAUCAGUGAGAUGAAGCUGUCGGUCAACGCUCGUGCGCGCAUCGUAGCCGAGGAGUUCCUCAAGAAUUUUUAAACCGUCUGGCUGGAUCUCAAGGUCUUCCCCCUCAGACUCCCCCGCGUCUCUGCGAAGGCAUCCUGGAGUUACUCCCCAGAGCGGCGGCGGCGACAGCGGCGGCGGCGGCGGCAGGGUGGGGGUGCUGGGUCGGGGUGGGCAUUCGAUGCGGGAGGUGGGUGGUAUGCUUGCUAGCUGGGCAACAAAGCAGCGGUGGACCUGCCCCAAGGCCACACGUGCCUGGUCAGGCUGGCUUCUGAUGUUCGGUCCCCUGGGCUGGGACAGAUUUUUUUUAACGUCUUGAAAUUUAAAUUCUGUGCUUGUAGGAGACUGUAACCUUUUUGUCUUUUUUUUUUUUUUAAACAAAACAACCUCCACCUCCAGUGGCUGUGACUGGUCCCAGUGAUUGUACCAUAUUGGUCGCUGUGGGUCUGGGCGGGCCUGGAGCCAGAAGGCGACUAUUGUGUGUCUCCCCCCCUCCCUCCCCCCCCCCCAGAAGCCCCAGGUGGGGAGAGAGGGAGGGAAGGAGGAAGGUUUCAGACUCCAUUUCCUUUCCCUUGCCCUCUUACUCCUGAGCCUCCUUAGGCCCAGUAGAAGUUGUUGGGACUCUGCUGGCUUCCUGAGCUCUGUGUGAAGAUAGCCACUCAGUGCUGGCUGGGGACAAGGGCUGAACUGGUGGCCACCAGCCAUGCCUCAGAGCUGGGCGCUGAAAACCAGGCACCUCUGGCCACAGGGGCCACUUUGUGCCCUCCCAGCUGAGAGGGGCCGCUGUUUUGCCUUGUCUGUCAGUGCAGUGCCUGUGCUGGAGGUGGAGGGGUGAGUCCUCCAGAGCUUCCUGAGCUGGGGCUCUUGCGCCUGCUCUGGCUCCUCUGCUCCCACGCUCGCUGUACCUUUUCUUAUUCUGGUGGAUCCCGCCUCCUCCCCUAAUUAAAGUCUCUUCUUGCCCCUUUGGGGCUGCAUGAGGUCUGUGCACUGUGUAUAUGAAAGGAGCGGGGCGGUGGGGCUUUUUCUUCCCAAGACCAUGUAGCUGGUACUUGGGCCUGGGGGUCCCCAUAAGAGGUAGUCUCCUGAUUGGUUUCUGAUGUUAUCUGUGCCAAGGGCCCCGACCCAGAGACCCCCAUUACCGUCCAAGCACCAUUCAUUUCUGAAACUGCUCUCUGUGCCUAUAGGCUUUGGUCCUUUUCACGUAAUGAGCUCAUUUGGGCUAAAAGGUAUCCUCAGAGAAAUAAUGAUGCCAUAUGGCUAAAGAAACUGCGGUUCCUUGAGAUGUAGCAGCUUGCCCCAAAACUCCCAGCUAGUGAGCAAGAGGGUAGACUUCAAAUCUAAGGCUUCUGCCUCUGUCAUCCCUAGCCACAUGAAGCUAUUUAAAUUACUAAAGUUAAAUAAAGCUUAAAAUUCACUUCCUCAUUCCCACCAGAGACAUUUCAGGUGCUCAAUAACUGCAAAUGACUAAUUCCUACCAUGUCAGAGUACAUACAUAGAACAUUUCCAUCAUUGGAGAAAGUUCUAUUGGACAGCACUAGACCUUGGUGAAUCCUUAAGAACAAACACUUGUGCUCAAGUCCUGACUCUUGAGGCUGAAUUUGCGUGAGUUCCUUAUAUUCUGUGCUUCAGUUUCUUAAUCUAUAAAGUGGAGAUAAUGUAAAUAGGCCGACACAGUACCUGUGGUAUAGGUACUGAAUAAACAACAGCUGAUCUUU